CAUGAAGUCAGUUUAAUGGAACGUAACAGUAAACAUGAAAACCGAUGGACUAGAGUCAAUUAUUAAUCAGAGAGAAUUGGUAUCAGUUUCAAGGUAACGUAGACAUCUUCACCUGGUGGUUGAUUAUGAUCAUUUUGGAAAAACAUUUCAAAACAUUUUGUGUUUUGCAAGGGGCAGCAAUUGUCUUAUAUUUACAUAGUGAUCGUUUCAGUUCACAUUUUUACUGCUAUCAUGUUGCUGGUGAUGGCGUUACAUAUCGACUGAGAAAUCUGUUGUUGUAUUGAGGUAACUUGAGGUGAAUGCCGUCCACAGCAAGACUACACCUCCCACAAUUCCUUCCAACCCUUCUGCAGUAUCUGUUCCUUCUUGCUUAAGUGCAUACUUGGCAGUUGGCACUGUAGAUACAGAUAUGAUUGACCUAUCUCUAUGCCAGCCUGCAUGGAACUAGUCAGGGCUCUUUCAUCUUUUUUUGUUGUUGUUGAUUUUUGCUCAGCUCUACUAUGGUGGCUUGAGAUGUUUGUGUGUAAAUAAAUAAAUAUAUAUUUGCCAAUUCUAACAAAAUGAAGACAUGUUCAGCUCUACUAUGGUGGCUUGAGAUGUUUGUGUGUAAAUAAAUAAAUAUAUAUUUGCCAAUUCUAACAAAAUGAAGACAUGUUCAGCUCUACUAUGGUGGCUUGAGAUGUUUGUGUGUAAAUAAAUAAAUAUAUAUUUGCCAAUUCUAACAAAAUGAAGACAUGUUCAGCUCUACUAUGGUGGCUUGAGAUGUUUGUGUGUAAAUAAAUAAAUACAUAUUUGCCAAUUCUAACAAAAUUAAGACAUGUUCAGCUCUACUAUGGUGGCUUGAGAUGUUUGUGUGUAAAUAAAUAAAUAUAUAUUUGCCAAUUCUAACAAAAUGAAGACAUGUUAUUUCGUAGUGUAAGAGGCCAAGAUGAGAGAGGACUCCUGUCUGUAUAUGAAGUGAUUGUCAAGUGAUUUGAUAAUAGGUACAAAAAAAAGACAAUAUAAUAUUGUAAUAAAACUAUAAUCUAUUAAUGCAUCAACUGCACUUGUAGGCUAUUUAUUGUUCAUCUAUUAAUGGAUUAAGCAUUAACCUCACUUGUAGGCUAUUUAUUGUUCAUCAGCAUCGCUUUUGGUUUAAUGAUGAUCUUUUUGAUUUAAUUUGUUUUAAGCUAAAUUGUAAUAGUAGGUUUUGUGUCCAUUUUGACAGGAGCUCGAAGGCAGUCCUGUAUGUCCUUCAAUAUUCAGUAUAUGUCAUUUUAAUUUGUCACUUUGAGUUUAUGGUUUCCCAUCUUUCCUAGACAGUUCACAGAAGUCACUGUAAAAGCAAUACAAUACAUGUCUGCUUGAGGCCUAUGUACCUUACCCCAUAUGUACCUUACCCCAUAUGUACCUCACCCCAUAUGUACCUUACCCCAUAUGUACCUUACCCCAUAUGUAACUUAAUCCAUAUGUACCUUACCCCAUAUGUAACUUACCCCAUAUGUAACUUACCCCAUAUGUACCUUACCCCAUAUGUACCUUACCCCAUAUGUACCUUGCCCCAUAUGUACCUUGCCCCAUAUGUACCUUACCCCAUAUGUACCUUACCCCAUAUGUACCUUACCCCAUAUGUAACUUACCCCAUAUGUAACUUACCCCAUAUGUACCUUACCCCAUAUGUAACUUACCCCAUAUGUACCUUACCCCAUAUGUACCUUCCCAUAUGUACCUUACCCCAUAUGUACCUUACCCCAUAUGUACCUUACCCUGUUUUGUAUGUUUUUAUAUGUGACUUUGUUUAUUAUUAAUGAUAUCAUUGCGAUGAAAGCUUUUUUACUUUGUCCAGAUAAAACAUGUAUCUGGGUAUAUUUCGCACUGUGAAAUUCCUGUUCAAAUGGCGCACCUUGAUACUGUUCAUUAAACACAGGGCAGUGAGAAAGAUGUUACACAGAAGGUUUUGUAAAUAUUUUCAAUUGUUGUUUUUAAAUACUACAAUCUUUAAACAAAUGAAAAUCAUAAUUGAUGGGGAGGCUAAUCUGCAUUCUUUCAUGUUCUAAGAUGUAAACUGUUUUCAUAAGUUUUAAGGAACCAAAAGCUGGAAACCCAUUGUGAGGAAAAUGUAUGUAAUUACUGCACAAAGAAAGAAAAGAAUCUUCAUCAUUAUUUAUUACAUAAGUAGUUACAGUACCUGAAGACUGUAUUUUUUUGCCCAGCGACAGUUCAUUAGUACACAGUAGCAAAACAAUUCCCAAUCGGCUUUCAUUUGGUCCCUUGUGAAUACAACCCUGGAUUGAUUGAAUUGAAGUUAGACAUGUGACACUGAACAGAAGCAACAUGUCCACUAGAGGGAAUUCUCUCCUCUCAUUCAAAUUCUGAUGCAAAGCGUGAGAAGAGAUAAUGGCUGAGUUUGAUUAACAUUGAGAAAAAUCGACAUCUGGAAGGUGAAUAACAUGAACACAACAUGAUGUAACUUUGAUAUGCUUUUUUAACAUGCCUGUUGUAAUGUGAAUGCAGUGAAGUUAAUUUACAGUUGGAUAUGUUGUUGUGGUUCUAUAACAAUACAAUCCAUCUAAACUCUCCACUCUACUCUCAACUCUCCACUUACCAUAUUUUUUGACUAACACAAUAAACCAUUGCAAUUAUAAUAACAUAUAUAUAGCAUUUGAUUCGAUUAAGAAUUCUAAAUUAGACUGCAGUAAUACAUGAAGGUGUGGUUGACUGUGAGGGACUGUGAUGUCAGAUGUAUCGUAUUUCCUGUUCUUUAUAAGUAGAUGUCAGACAGAGACAGACAGCAGUACACAGCCAGCUGUGGUGAUAUGAUGUCACUGCUGAGGAGUUUGCUGUUGUUCUACUUCUCAUUCAACGAAUUGACCGCAGCAGCAGGAAUCCAAAGAUGACUUCAGCUACCAGUUUUCUGUUUUUUGCGAUCCAUUUAGCCUAUAUCAGCACUGGAAAUUCUUCUGAGACAUUUGUCAAACUGGAGUGUGAAGAAGAAUACCAUGGGGUUUAUGGUCAGCAGUCAUUGCUGGAGUGUAUUGUCAAAGCUGUUCAGAACGUGACCAUCUUGACGGUGACCUGGAAGAGGGUGGGAGGUGAUGCACCUUUGUUGGAAUACCAUAAACAUGCAAAUGCCUCAACCCUCGGGUUUAAAUUUGCUGAGCCAUCCUGGAACAAGGAUAAUAUGAAUGUGUCCUUGUGGUUGACAAAUACCAAGAUGGCCGACAAGGGGGAGUAUGAAUGCAUGGUGAGAACAGACAGUGGUGAUGCUACAGCUACAAUCAGCCUCAGUGUCACAGCUAUGUACAAAUCACCAACCAUGAGUUCCAGUCCUGAGAACUGCAUAAAACAGAACACAGACGUGACCAUUUUCUGCAACUCUACAGGCGGGCACCAGAAAGGGUUGAUCUGGUGGUUUGACGAGUUUGGCGCAAACUGCACAGGCAGUGCUGAACUCGUGGCCAAAAAGACAGACGACACACUGUUUAGCCUCUCCAGUAAACUGACAGUUCUGAAGGCUACAUACAGUGGUUCCACAAACUACUCAUGCACAGUGCACAACACCAAUGGAGUCCAGGAGGGGAAGGCAUCAUUUGAGAUCCCGUUUGUAUGUUCAGCAGGUUCAAAAGAUGAUUUUGCUUCUGACUCCACUACCCAGUGGCUUGCCCCAGUUGUGGUCAUAGGAUCUCUGGUCAUUGGACUCCUUGCUGCGCUGCUGAUAUUUAAGAGGCGCUCUGUCCAACGGGCUCGAAGGCAGUCCACCUUCCCAUUAAUGAGUCACAGUGGCCACCCAACUGACAGGCACCGCGAUGAUGAGGCAGAAGGAAACGCUAUCCUUACUGUCUAAAUAGUGACAGUACACAUGACCAGCAUUCCAGUCUUUAGUAACUGAUUCGUUAACUGGCAGUCUCUGGAAGGGACUGUUUCCUUGACGAUCAAUAAGGGGCUUGUCACUAUCCUUUGAUGGACUGUUUCCUGUUAAGUGUCCAAUGACAGUCACUUUGGCACUCGGGUCGUUCUAAUGGAGGCAUUUGUUUCUUCACAAUCUACUGCUGAUGGCAGCCUUUAAAGUCUGUGGUUGAUUACAAAUGAUAUGUUUCUAUACAGGGUUGCCAUGGUGUCACUAUACUCUAGAUUCUACCACUGUAGAACAUUGGUAUACUGUAAUACCAGGUAAUCUAAUCACUGUACACAAUAUACUACAAGAUGCAUGGUUUAACAUUCCACAUUUCCUCUACUGUAGAUUCUACCAUAUUGGUUGUUAUUACUAUACUGUAACACCAUACCAUCUAAUCACUGUUACACGCCGUUCUAUACUAAGGUUGUGCAAACAUUCAAUUUGAACACUGCACUUUUCUGAAAACAUGUAGUUAAACUGGUUACACUUCUGAAAGAGGGUUUCACAAGACUGCACAACAACCACUCUUAUAACCAAAAGCCAGCCGGUUGCUCCUACCACAGAUUUAUUUUUAGGCCUUCCUUUUUCCUUGUCUUGCUCGAUCUGCUAGUGUAAAAUGCAGAUUUAUAUCUUGCUCAGAGCACACGUCCAGGAAAUGCAAUGGAAUGAAACUGUAAACAUGUUGAUCAUCAGGUUUCAAGAGAUACUCCUGCAUCUGCCAGUAUUCUCCCUGGGCUUUGAUUCUGCUACAAUAUCUCUGGGGAGAAUGUGGCGCCCAAUUUCCUAUAUAGUGCACUACUUUUGACCAGAGGGAAUAGGGUGCCAUUUGGAAUGCAACCUUUGACUUGACUUUGUGUUUGAUCAUUUUUGGCACUGAAUGUAAUUUAUAACCAUUAUCAGAAGUCAGCCUGUCACUCCUCCCACAGCUGUUUGUUUGUGGCCUCUAAAUAGUGACAGUACACAUGACCAGCAUUCCAGUCUUUAGUAACUUCCUCUGUCUCCUUUCUUGUCUGGCGCCAUCUGCUGGUGUAAAAAAGAGGCUGCUACUGUCUUAAUACUGUAGUUAUAGAAUGACUGUUUCAAUUCCCAUUAUGUUUUACUGCUAUCAUGUUGCUGAUGGCAUUACGUAUAGACUGACUAAUCUGUUGUAUUGUGGCAGCUUGAGGUGAAUGGUGUCCACGACAAGACUCCACCUCCUAUAAUUCCUGGCAAAUCUUGUAUCAGUUCCUUCUUACUUCAGUACAUGAUUGGAAGUUGGCACUAUAGAUACAGUUAGAAUAAUUCAUCAAUUUAUAUGCUACCCUGCUUGGCACUGGUCAGGGCUCUUCCAAAGAAGCUUGGGCUUUUGGUUUAGCUCGACUAUAGUGGUUUGAGAUGUUCAUGUGUAAAGUUUUGUUUAUUUUGCAGUUCAACGAAAUGUUUUCUUCUCUGUAUGAAGUGUAUAUCAAGCGAUUUGUUGAUGUGCCAGCUUGAGGCCUACUCCACUUACGAUUUUGUUGUCCCCGUUUUUUUGUAUAUUUCACACUUUGAAAUUCCUUUUCAAAUCCCACUCCUUGACACUGUUCAGGUUUUGUAAAUAGGAUGAAGAUUUUAAUUGUAGUUUUUAAUUACUACAAUCUUUUUUAAUGAAAAUCAUAAUUGAUGGGGAGGCUAAUCUGAAAUGUUCUAAGGUCUAAACUGUUUUAAUAUGUUUUAAGGAACCAAAAGCAGUAAACCAUUGUGAGAAAAAUGUGUAAUUACUGCACAAAGAUUUUUUAUUAUUUUUUAUCCAUCAUUAUGCAUUAUAUAAGUAGUUACAGUACCUUUUUUGCCCAGCGACAGUACAUCGUUGCAUUCAUUAGUGCACACCGUAGCAAAACCAUUUGCAACGGAAAACAAAUGUUUCUUAUUGGACAAGUUCAGGUGGUCCCCCCACAUUUUGGUCAAUCUAUCAUUUCAUUCCUUGUGAAUACAACCCUGGUUUGAUUGAAUCCAGAGAUGUGACACUGAACAGAAGACAACUUGUCCAUUAGAUCAGGGUUCCCCAAAUGGCGGCCCACCAAAAAUAUACAGUUAUAUUUUUUACUACUUUUACUCAACUACACUACUGUUCAAAAGUUUGGGGUCACUUAGAAAUGUCCUUGUUUUUGAAAGAAAAGCACUCAAAAAAUUGACCAUUAAAACAUCAAAUUGAUCAGAACUACAGUGUAGACAUUGUUAAUGUUGUAAAUGACUAUUGUAGCUGGAAACUGCUUUUUGUUAGAAUAUCUACAUAGGUGUACAGAGGCCCAUUAUCAGCAACCAUCACUCCUGUGUUCCAAUGGCACGUUGUGUUAGCUAAUCCAAGUUAAUCAUUUUAAAAGGCUAAUUGAUCAUUAGAAAAUCAUUUUGCAAUUAUGUUAGCACAGCUGAAAACUGUUCUGAUGUCACACCCUGACCAUAGUUUGCUUUGUAUGUUUCUAUGUUUUGUUUGGUCAGGGUGUGAUCUGAGUGGGCAUUCUAUGUUGUGUGUCUAGUUUGUCUGUUUCUGUGUUUGGCCUGAUAUGGUUCUCAAUCAGAGGCAGGUGUUAGUCAUUGUCUCUGAUUGGGAACCAUAUUUAGGUAGCCUGUUUGUUGUUGGGUUUUGUGGGUGAUUGUUCCUGUCUCUGUGUUUGCACCAGAUAGGGCUGUUUUCGUGUUCACAUUUCUUGUUUUGUAUAUUGUUCAUUAAAGAUGUAUCACAAUAA